AUGACUUCCACAUCAGCAUCUGUUGUUAUUAUUGGUGCCGGGAUUGUUGGUACCAACAUUGCCGAUGAGCUGGUCUCACGCGGCUGGAACAACAUCACAGUCGUCGAACAGGGACCCUUGGGCAUGCCAGGAGGAUCAACUUCGCAUGCGCCAGGGUUGGUAUUCCAGACCAACGUCUCGAAGACUAUGACCCUAUUUGCACAAUAUACCGUGGAAAAGUUCUUGUCGUUGCAGAAAGAUGGAGAGAGUUGUUUCAACCAGGUUGGUGGCCUGGAAGUGGCCACCACACUUGAGCGGCUCGAGGAUCUGAAACGAAAACUUGGCUACGCCCAUUCUUGGGGGAUUGACGCCCAACUUGUCGGCCCUGAAGAGUGUCGCAAGCUUUACCCGUCUUUGAACCCCAGUUUGGUGCUUGGUGGGCUGCAUAUCCCUAGCGACGGCCUGGCCUUGGCAGCACGCGCGGUCCAGCUCCUCAUUGAGCGUACAACCCAGGCUGGGGUUCGCUACCUUGGUUCAACAGCAGUAACGGGCAUUGAGAAGGCUGAUGGCCGUGUGACAGGGGUGGUGACAUCAGACACAACAAUUCCUGCCGACAUUGUGAUAUCUUGCGCUGGCUUCUGGGGCGUCGAGAUUGGAGCUAUGGUCGGCCUCCCUGUCCCCUUGUUGCCAAUGGCACAUCAGUACGUUAAGACUACUGCUGUACCACACCACAAUGCAGAGGGGGCAACAGCGAAUGGAGAUGCACUGCCUAACGGAGAUGGAAAACUCAUGAACGGAAAUCUCCCCCCAAACUCAGCAAUACUCCCAAUCCUACGGUACCAGGACCAAGAUCUCUAUUACCGUGAACAUGGCGACCAAUACGGCAUUGGAUAUUACGGUCAUCGGCCAAUGCCGGUCAAUGCUGCCUCCCUGGGCAAGACUCCGGAGGACGUCAAUGAGCAUAAGAUGCCGUCGCGACUUGAUUUCACCAUGGAGGACUUCGACCCAGCUUGGAAGCUGUCACAAGAACUACUCCCAGUUCUGAAGAACUGCGAGAUAGCUGAUGGAUUUAACGGAAUCUUCUCAUUUACCCCUGAUGGUGGCCCACUAGUUGGACAAUCGCCGACUCUUGAUGGGUUUUAUGUGGCAGAGGCAGUAUGGGUGACGCACUCCGCUGGCGUAGCACGUGCUGUAGCUGAAGUCCUCACGACGGGCAAGUCGAACAUUGAUCUAGCGGAGUGCGAGAUAUCGCGAUUCGAGCAGGUCCAGCUGACCCCUGCCUACGUCAGCGAGACGUCCCAGCAGAACUUUGUCGAGGUAUACGACAUUUUGCACCCUCUACAACCACGGGAAUCUCCCCGCAACCUGCGCGUCUCUCCGUUCUAUGUUCGCCAUCGCGAACUUGGGGCUUUCUUUCUCGAGGCCGGCGGUUGGGAGAGACCACACUGGUUUGAGGAGAACGCCAAGCUACUCCAAGACCUGCCAUCUGAGUGGCAGCCUAUUGAGCGGGACGCCUGGUCAGCUAGGUACUACUCACCAAUUGCCGUGGCAGAGGCAUGGAAGACACGCACGGCAGUAGCCAUGUACGACAUGACUCCGCUUCGUCGACUUGAAAUAUCAGGACCAGGGGCGGUCGAUCUGCUAAAACGUUUAACCACUGGUAACGUCUCAAGGAAACCAGGCGCUGUAACAUACACGUUAUUGCUUAACGACUCUGGUGGCGUCCGCAGUGAUAUAACGGUUGCUAGAAUACAGGAAGACCUUUUCCAAGUUGGUGUGAACGGACCUGUCGAUACCGCCUACUUUACCCGAGAAGCUCGCCUGCAGAGUAAGCACUCCCCUGAUCGGCUUGUUCAAGUCCGCGACAUCACCGGCGCCACCUGUUGUAUUGGUCUCUGGGGCCCUCGCGCUCGCGACGUCAUCAGCAUGGUCAGUGAUGACGACUUUUCCAAUAAAGGGCUCUCCUAUUUCCGCGUUAAGAGAGCAAAUGUUGGUGGUGUCCCAGUCACGGCCAUGAGGCUGUCGUACGUUGGUGAGCUUGGAUGGGAACUCUAUGCCAGUGCUGAAAACGGACUGCGCUUGUGGGACGCUCUCUGGAAGGCGGGCCAAUCUCACGGUAUUAUUGCUGCUGGUCGUACCGCAUUCAACUCCCUACGGCUGGAGAAGGGUUUCCGAUCUUGGGGCACAGAUAUGACCACCGAGCAUGACCCAUACGAGGCUGGCCUCGACUUUGCUGUCAAGGCUGACAAAGAUGGAUUUGUUGGGAAGGCUUCACUCGAAGGCCGCUCCAAGGAAACAGCCGCCAAGAAGCUUCGUUGCCUUACGGUGAACGAUGGGAGCUCGGUGGUGCUUGGUAAGGAACCGGUGUUUUUCGACGGUAAGGCGCAGGGUUAUGUCACCAGUGCAGCAUUCGGGUACACUAUUGGUAAGCCUAUUGCGUAUGCCUACUUGCCUAGCGCAGUUUGUGAAGGAAGUGUUGUGGAAAUCGAGUAUUUUGGCCGAAAGAUCGCAGCUACAGUCACGGCGGAGCCAUUGUAUGACCCGCAAAUGAGCCGCCUACGGGGAUGA